GGACUGAAAGCAAAAUUGAGAAUUUCACUGGAGAAACACGUGUCAGAAUCGGAUGGCAAAACUCAAUUCGAUCAAGAAUUUUGAGGGGAACAGGAAGGCUUCCCGCUUCCCCGGAACCGACUUGGGCUUCAAGGAAAGUACAAAAAUGGAGAGAAUGUUGAUGAAGCGAAUUGCAAAUUUGGCGAUUGCGAGAGCAAAAGUCGCCGCGCCGUUUCCUGCAAACCCUCGCCGUCCAUUGGACUGCCAGCUUCUUUCUUCUUCUUCUUUUUCUUCAACGUCCACCCGCGUCGUCUCUGGAAGCGCGGCUAAUGUUUCCGAUGUCUCUGAGGAGCAGGACGAUCUAGUUUACUGCAAUCCACCGGCUUCUUCUUCCGUGAAGCCGGUUUUGCCUGAUAUUCUUCAACCGGGUGUCGUCAUCUAUGAUGGGGUCUGCCAUCUUUGCCACGGAGGGGUGAAAUGGGUCAUUGGAGUGGACAAAUACAGGCACAUAAAGUUCUGUUGUCUUCAGUCAAAAGCUGCUGAACCAUAUCUGAGAGUUAGUGGUCUUGACCGAGAGGAUGUUCUGCGCCGUUUUCUGUUUGUUGAGGGCCCUGGUCUGUACCAUCAAGGAUCAACUGCUGCAUUGCGAGUUCUGUCCUACUUGCCAUUCCCCUACUCUGCUUUAAGUACACUCUUGAUAAUCCCAACACCACUCAGAGAUGCUGUAUAUGAUUAUGUUGCCAAGCGGCGCUAUGACUGGUUCGGGAAGGCUGAAGAUUGCUUAGUUUUGCAAGAGAAAGAGCUCCUGGAACGAUUCGUAGAUGGGGAGGAGUUGAUGGAUCGUUCUGAUUUUUAGUUUGGUCCAAUUGGCAAAUGUCUGAUCACCUCUUAGGAUUUUGAAGGUCAGUUGUAAAUGCAUAUUGUAAAGGCUAACCACGAGAUAACACUUUUCAGAAUGCAUAAAUGUGAUAUAUUGUA